UUUGAAUCAAAUCGUUAGCAACUUUUGAGGUUGAAAUUUGGGAUUUUAGGUUGAGUUUGUGAAAUAUUUUGCCAAAUCAAAAUGGAGAAAGAGAACUUCUUCACCAAACUGCGCCGUGUAGCGACGUCAACGGUGAACGAAACGGCAAGUUUGAAGACGUGUAUGGAGAGACCGGUUGCGAUGAGAACUUCGAAUUCGAAAUCGAAUGGAGAAGUAUCGUCUGCUAAACUUGUUCUGAAGGAAAUGCGAUUUGAUGCGCAGAAAAUGAAGGAACAAGUCAGCCAGCAAUUGCAAGAUUUCCAUUCGUCGGCGGAGUCCUUUGAAGAGAUUGUUGAUGCCUGCGAGGGUCUGUGUGAUAUUACCAAACAGCAGAUGGAGGAGCUUGAAGGUUAUCUUGAACAGUAUGGCUACAAGAAAUACAACGGGGUGGAGACACAGCAGCCAAAACAAGAGAACAAGAAGAAGACAAAGAACCAAGAGAAGGAAAACGUUGCUCCUGAACCAACUUCACCGGUUGCAAAAGAAAACUCCAAAAUGUCUACAGAUUCAGUACUAUGCACCCCGCCUCGAGCUCAAUCAGCAGCACCCCCGGUAGACCCUAACAGGACGCCGCAACUGGCAGACUUCGGCAUCAGCCAGUGGACGAUGGAUAGGAUGUCCAACUUGGGUCUCCACAAUGCAAACAAUCAGGAUCUGAAGAUGACAGAUUUCGCUGCCCCUCAGUAUGGUAAGGGCCAAUCUGCCAUACCAAACUACAUGUACCCAACAAUGACACCCCAACAUACCCAGAAACCCGGGAUGCGGACCCCGUUCACCAACAGGACCAUCCUAGUCACACCCGGCAUGUUUGGCAAUCAAGUUAUCCCAACAGAAACGCCAACACAGUUCAUCGAUACAAAGUCCUACCUCGUUGAUUCACCCAUCCCCCCUGUGCUGAUGUCUUCCAUCAAGAAGAGUAUACCCACGACCUCUGACCUAAGGGUCAGCAGUCGGCGUGACAUGGAAGUUGGUUCCGAGUCCAGUGUUCCCAUCAAAUUUACUGCAUGGUCAGAGUAUUCCUCCCUACCAGCGCCACCAUUCCAGCACCUCGCCCCUUCACUCCCGGCCGAGGUAACACCCCCAAUGCCCGAGUGCCUAACCAAGCCAUCCACCCAGGCACCCAUGCCUUCCGAGCCCACACGCCUAGCCGAGAAGUUCACCACAGCCCCUACCCUACCCAGUGAGCCAGUUCAGCUAGCUCAGAAGUUCUCGGUAAACGCCAUGCCGUCGGAGCCCAUGAGUCUGGUGGAUAAGUUUGUCCAUCGUGACGACUUGCCACAAGAACCCCAGCUUCUCAGGCAGCAGUUUGAUUUGGAGAGCAGAAUGACAACAGCGCCCUCUUUUGGUCCCGUCGCCGGGUUACCUUCUCAUCCGAUUACCCCGAAGCAUCAACGACUGAACACUUUGGCCGACAAAGAAGAAAUGCCUCAAACACCAGAGCUAACUAUGACAUACCAAAGGUUCGUUGAUGUUAACUCUUAUACGAGUGGGGUCAGUAGCCACAUUCCAGCCGCACCAAUAGAGGGAGCCCAACAGGUUCCCUCCAAUGACCCACAACCCCCUGUCCCACAAAGCUUGUACCGACAGGAUCAUGUCCAGUCUCCUUUGGUGCCAAGGGAAACGGCAAACGAGAAAAGUUUGGGUUACACAAUCCCCCCAGUGACAGAGGUCGAGUUCAGUCAGGUAUUGCCGUACCUACAGAGGUUGAUCCCCAUGGAGAUUUUCAACCAGCACUUGGAGCUGCUUAAUGUCAUCCUUGCAGAGAAACAAGAUGCGAGUUUCAUCAGCGAAGUGGAGAUGCAGAUGUUACAACUGGGUAAAAAGACCAAGUCCUUCACUCUGCUUAUGGCCAAACUCAAGAGGCUGUACCUAGGCAAGAAACCAGGCAGUACGGAACCAGUCUACUACAUCCCUAAGUGAACAUCAUGCCUCUUAUAGAAGGCCGUGUCUGAAUCGGCGACCACAACUACGCCUAUGUCUUCAAACUCGCAUCAUAAUAAAAAAUAUUAAUGGCUUCUUAUUUAGCGCUCAUAUUCGUCACUCAGUGACACUCAAGACG